UUCCGGGUUUUUGGAACGCGCAGGGGCCGGUUAGAACGCGAUAGCCGCGCGGGGUCCUCCACGUGGCUUCUCUCUCGUUUUUGUCCGGAGGCUUUACCACGGAGGACGAGCAAGUUACGGACAAGUUCACCACGAUCCUCGAGUUUCAAUGACUCACACAGCCGGGAAGUUUUCGCCGUGUGGUAACUUUUUCGGACGUUACUCUCCGUAUUGUAAAGCACGGGGCUGGACCUUUGUGCGGACGAAGAGGUGGCGCCGCUUCCUGGAUCGGGGAUAGAGAGACAUGAUGGUGAUGUAGCUGACUCAGGAACCAGUUCGCACUGAGCACAUAUGUGAUGACCACAUGGAAAUACCAGUGGUUGAUGGAGAAGGAUGGGAGAUGUAGUUGUAGGUGGCGGAACAACUUUGCUGAUGUGGUCGAGGAAAGAGGACGCAUUCACAGGCCGCCCACCUCUCCUCUUCGUUUCGAAGUGGUCGUAUACCUAAUUUGUGUUUUUUUAGCAGAUUACAGAUUGUUGCACACUGCAGCUCUCUGUUUGAUGUACCAUCCACUGAAAGGGCCUGACUGAUGGUGGUAUGGUAAGAUAAGCAGCUGCUCAGUUGCGAAGGACGCGUUGUGGCUCUGCGCACAUCACUGUAUUGUUUAGUAUAGUAAGGAAUGUGCCAGUAACUUCUUCCGUUAGUGGAUCUCCUGGAAGGAAGUGGUGGAAACGAUCGCUGGGAAACCGGCUUCAACCGGAGGAAACUCAUGAAUAAUUAAUUAGAUACUGUAUAUGUGCGCGCACACGAAAAAUUUAACGUCACAGUGGCCAAUUCGAAACACCCGUGCUAGCUAGCUAG